AGAGAGAAGUUGGGAAAAAAAAAAAGAGUGAGCAAGAAAAAUGGCGGCAAAGCGAGGGAGAAAUCGGUCGCCGUCUCCGGACCCGGAAGGGAUGUUCGCCGGAAUGAUAGUUUUCAUGGUCGAAAUCGGAGUCCAGCGUCGUCGAUUGCAGAUCUGGAAGCAGAAGCUGGUUCAAAUGGGUGCUGUUAUCGAGGAAGAUCGGUUAACUAACAAAGUCACUCAUCUUCUUGCUAUGAAUCCCCAAGCUCUUCUCGACAAGUUUGACAAAAAACGUCUCUCACAUUUUAAAGGACGUCUUAUGCUUUACCAGUGGUUAGAAGAUAGCCUAACUGCAGGAGAGAAGGCUAAUGAAGACUUGUAUCUUCUCAAAAUUGACUCAGAUGAUGAAAUUCAAGAGCCCAACAAGUCGAAACCUGCAGUGAGUGGUGGCGAGGAUCAACCGUCAACUCCAAAACGAACUAAAGGUUCCCCUGAUGUUGGUGACUUCAAAGGCUUAGAAGGCCUAAACAAUACACUAGGAUCACCAGAUUCACCAACAAGUUGCAGUGUUCCCUCUACUAGUGCUAGCCCUGGCGAAGGCAUUGCAGACACUCCCACUACUAGUCCACAGUCAGAGUCCACAUCAGUCUACAAACCACCCGACUUGAACAGAAAUAUCACUGAGAUAUUUGGAAAGCUAAUAAACAUUUAUAGAGCUUUGGGUGAAGAUAGGCGGUCCUUUAGCUAUUACAAAGCUAUUCCUGUCAUUGAAAAGUUCCCCACUAGGAUUGAAAGCGUUGAUCAGCUCAAACACCUCCCUGGAAUUGGAAAGUCAAUGAGAGAUCAUAUUCAAGAGAUCGUGACAACAGGGAAGUUGUCCAAAUUGGAACAUUUUGAAACAGAUGAAAAGGUUCGCACGAUCAGUUUGUUUGGGGAAGUUUGGGGUAUCGGUCCUGCAACUGCACUCAAGCUAUAUGAGAAAGGACAUCGCACGCUAGAAGACUUGAAGAAUGAGGAUUCACUAACGCAUGCACAGAGGUUGGGGUUAAAAUAUUUUGAUGAUAUCAGAACAAGAAUUCCACGUCACGAGGUGCAAGAGAUGGAACAACUUCUACAGAGAGUCGGCGAGGAAACUUUGCCUGGUGUGAAUAUCGUAUGUGGAGGAUCAUAUAGACGUGGGAAAGCUACUUGUGGAGAUCUAGAUAUAGUUAUCACACAUCCUGAUGGACAGAGUCACAAGGGAUUUUUGACAAAGUUUGUAAAGCGUUUAAAAGAAAUAAACUUUCUAAGAGAAGAUCUUAUCUUCAGCACCCACAGUGAAGAGGGUACUGAUUCAGGCGUUGACACGUAUUUUGGCCUGUGCACUUAUCCUGGUCAGGAACUACGGCGCCGUAUCGAUUUUAAGGUUUAUCCAAGGGAUAUAUAUGCAUUUGGACUCAUAGCCUGGACGGGGAACGAUGUGUUAAACAGAAGGCUGAGAUUGCUAGCAGAAUCCAAAGGCUAUCGACUUGAUGACACUGGACUAUUCCCGGCUACUCACAGCUCUAGUGGCAACCGGGGUGCUAGAGGAAGUGCAAGUCUGAAACUCUCAACGGAGAAACAAGUUUUUGAUUUCUUAGGAUUUCCUUGGCUCGAGCCACACGAGAGGAAUCUCUAAAGGAAAAGCCUUUGGUUGUUGAAGCUAAAGAACAAUCUUUUUCUUUUGCUCGUUUUGAAUAGGUUAUUCUGUAGUUUAAUCGGUUCUUUUUGUAAUUGUAUAUCCUUGAACAACUGAAUUAGAUGUUAUCAUGUUUUGUAUAUCUUAGGUUUUUUAACUCACAA